AUGACCACUUUCCAUCCCUUCCCGCUGCUUCCUCUAGAGCUGCGAGAGCAAAUUUGGAAGGACACUGUUGAACCACGCACAGUCGACGUGCGGCGCGUUCGAGAUAAGUGGUCUCAACCCUACCUAGGUAGGUAUGGCCAACUGGUCUCGUCUACGCCCAUACCAGCCACACUACAGUCCUGCCGGGAAGCGCGAAACCUUGGAUUGUACAAGCGUGUCCACUUUGAAGUUGACGUGGUAAAGAAAUUCGAAAACAACCACGCGCCUGAAGUCCUCAUUGAGGAAUUUUUCACGCCAGAUGAGCAGGGAGAAGAAGAGCCCGAGAAGGCAGGCUGCCCCAAGACGGAGCAGCGCUAUGUUUGGCUGGAUCUCGAUAUCGAUAUGCUGGACAUCGGGAGGUCUGCGUUCAGCGAUUACAGUUUCAUCGCUUCAGCCGUCAAGCGCCUUAAGUUUGAGCGAGAUGACCCGGAUGGAGCAGAGGAACUCAUGGAGUUUGUUAACAUGGAGGAGAUUCACAUCGUCUGCCCAACAGGGUUCUGGGUGUGGGCUGGGGUUGUGUACCAUUAUGACUGGCCCUGCGCUGAAGAAAAGCUCUUGUUUAUUGAGGCAUUCAGUGGUCGAGUUGCGCGCGCCAUGGAACUUGAAGAUGUUUGUAGACAGGACAAUGAAAACGCCGGGUAUUGA